GCAAGGCUUUUUUUUUUGUUCCUGCUAUUAACGUGAGAAGCUGAGUGAGUAAUAACAAAUGCCUAACUCUUUGCAGCUGGGAAGUGCAACACGGUACUGCAGUGCAAGAUUUACUCACUAACUAUACCAACGUAGUUUUUUUUAAACAUGGAAGAAGAUUCCGAGUGGGUAGUGGAGACCAUUGCUGGAUAUCUCGGCAGUCCAGAUUGGGUUAUACCCGUAACCGACUUUAUCGAACAGAAAUGUACAGUAUUUGAUGAUGAGGAUGAAAAUAAACUGGCCUAUACAGAAGUCCAUCAGCAGUACAAGGAAAUGGUAGAAAAACUGUUGGAUAGUUAUACCAAGGAGGUUGGUAUCGGUGAAGAACAGUUUUUGGAAGCCUGCACAUCUCCACUGGCACAGUCAAAGACACUACAGAACGUGUUUUGGCCAGUACUGGCUGCAGAAGACUUUGAAAUGUUUAAAUCUCUAAUGAUUCAGAAGAAUGUGGAGCUGCAGCUGCAGGCACUUCGUGUGAUCAAGGAGGAGAAUGGUACACUGCCUGAGUGUUUGACAGAUGGUGUGGACAUGAUAUCUCAGUUAGAACAGCAGGAGCUCAGAAUACUGAAAGAAGUGCUGAAGAGAUCAAAAGAUGAAUAUGAGCAGGAUCUGGCAAAAAAAGGUUUCUCAGAGGAAGAAUCUGGGUCUUCUUCAAGCAGCAACUUACCGGAGAGCAAAGAUCAACAUGAAACCUGUCUGAGAAGGCAUUCAGAAAAAGAAAGGGAACACACACAGAAAGUGUGCAAUGCCCAAGUAAAAACUGUGGAGAAGAGAGCAGCAGUUUGUGACUCCCACACUGAUGAUGCAGGAAACAAGAGUCUCACCAAAGUCUGUAUGCAACCAAGUGGAAAGCUACUGCCAGGGCGAAGCAGCAUUGGGAGUAGCAGUGCCAAUAGUAAAGUCCUUGCACCAGUCAAAGCCCCAGUCAACGGGUCCGAGCUCAGUCCAGCAUCCACCUCCUCAGCCCACAAGAAGAGCAGCAAUGAGGCUGCAGAGGCUUGGUUAGAAGAGGCCAGGAAGGAGGCAGGGAUAUCUAGGCCUUUCACUGAGCUGUCAGCAGAUCAGCAAGAGCAGCUUCAGCAGCGAGCAGAGUACCUGAAACAGCAGCGGGACAAACUUCUCGCCAUGAAGAAAGAGCAGAGACCUAAACCGACCCAUACUGAAUCAGCAGAGCAGCCUUCAAUAUUGACAUCUGUUAGCAAGCAGGAAAUUUCCGAAGAUGUGAGAAAGAUGAUUCAGCAACGAAAGAACCUGGCAGAAAAGCUUAAACAAGAAGUAAUCAAAAAGUAACAAAUGGGAUAGUCUGUUACACUGACAUUAAAAGGCACCUGUGGACUUCUGAUUUCCUGAACUUCCUUUGGUUUAUUUAGUGCCAGAAAUGUGGUGUGAGGAAUGCAGUAUUGUACAAUACCUGACAUUACUUGCCCAUCUGUAUAGACAUUUAAGUGUAUGCUGCUUAUGGAAAAAAUAAAAUAGUAUAUUACAUAUUUUUUAUAGAGGUCUCAAAUAGCUUUAAACCACAUUUGGAUGUGAAAACUAAAGCAAAUAGCUUAUGUUACUGUUCAUAUGUUUAAAUUUAUAAUACUUAAUCAAAGUUAAAAUGAACUGUAGUCCUUGAGCAUUUCCACAUCUGUAACAAGUGUUAGCAACUUUGUUGAAAGAAUCUUCAUGUUCUAAUUUACCUUACCAAAAAUCUUGACCUGUAUUUCAGAUUUCAGUUAACUUAUAGGUGUUGGUUCCAUUAUUAAUGAAUAAGAGAUGAAGCUGAAACUAUACAUUUUGGUUUUGUUGUGGGUGUUUUUUUUAAUGUAAUUUUUUUAAACUUGUGGAACCUUUUAAAAGGACUGUAAAAAAUAGGUACAUUUUCAAUUACUAUACUGUUACAUUACAAAAUUUGUACACCCUAAAGCGGGAGGAAAGAAAGUGGGGUUCCUAGCAGUUUAACCAAGAGGUUUCUUUGAGACACUGUGACAAUUGGAAUACUGUAUAUGUAAAAGUUGCUCUUGCUUUUUUUUCUGUAUCUGAUUUUAAUGGACAGAAAUUCAAAGUUCCUAUGGUUCUAUUGUGUUGCAUUGGUGUAGUUUUUAUUGGUUGUGAAGAAAGUGAUUUUUACAAGGUGAAUGGGAGCCAUGACCAUACCACCAUAAAACUGGUUCCUGCAUGUAAACUUGUUGGCAUACUCUAGAGUGUUAAGAUAGUUGGAAUAAUGUUGGAAUACUGUAGAGUGUUAAGAUAAGACCAGCACUCCAGAUAAGGUUUUGGGUCUGGGAGUAACUUACCCUUUAAUUUUAACAGAGUAAAAUGUAUUUUCAGGGGGUAAAAUACAACAUUACCUUUGUAUGAGUAGCCUCGAUAAUUUCUGUACCAUCUUUAAUGGUAACUGGUUGGCAUUAAAAAAUAACCUAAAAAGUUAGUUAUAAAAUAGUUUAAUAUUAGGCACCUUUUUGUAGCAGCUGUCUGACAAUGGUUCCUGUUGGAUUUGUAGCUGGAUGGGGGUGUUUGCUUCAACCAGUGUAGCUUCACAUUUUUCUUAUUCUUACUGUGAUUGUUUGCAAAGAUAACAGGGCUAGCCAGAGAUUGGCUAAAGUUAGUUAGGUUGUUUUUUUUCUUGUGUAGUUUCCUAGUAUAUGAAGACAUUGUACUCUGGGAGAUGGAGUUGGUUAAUAGGAAUUUUAGGGAAGGCAGGCAAGCUGUGCAGCAAAAUUGCUAUGCAUAUUUUUACACAUGAAAUAGAUGUUUGUAUUUCUGAUUUUUUUUAAUACACAAAAAUAUCAGGUAUGCAGCUUAUCUGGACUGCUGGAUAGGACCCAUCCCAUCAUUGUGAUGGAUUUCUGUACCAGGUUUGGCCUAUUCUCCCAAACAAGUUUGUAUGAUGGGGUCUGCCUACAUUUGCAACAGGCUUUUACUAAUCGCAACAUUAAAAUGAACGAAUAAAUAAAUAAUAAAUCAAUCAAUCAUCUAAAA